UCUUCGAUUCACCGGUAACGAAUAAACAUCCAUAAGUUACUGUACACAUUCUCCGAUUUAUUUACAAGAAAACUAUUCGUUUAUAAAAUAAUAUUAAAACUGAUAUUUUUUUCACAUUAAAAGAAUCUUUCUUUAGUAAGCAUAAAAUAUUGUUUCAAUCAUAUAAUUAACAUAUCUUAUCUCCAAUAGAACAAAUCACAUACAAUUAUAAAUAAAUAAUAAUUUACAUCAUAUAAGUAUCUCUAUAACAAAAUAAUUAACAAAAUUAAUAGUUAAUAAUUUUUGUAUACUAUAACGAAGUACAUACACUUUUUUUUUAUACGAUAACGGAGAUCGUCUUGUAAAUACUGUUAAAAUGGCUACGUUGUAUCGCGCCUUAAAUUACUUAGGAAAAAAUAUAUUAUCGAUAGGACAAAAUAGAAAUAUAUCGUUAUCUCCAACAACGCGUAUUAAGGAAAUCAUAGAAAAGAAAGAAGGAAAUACAUUAACUAUUGAAGCCGUGAUUAAACCAGACCCAUAUGAAGGGCGGUUUUUAAAACCUAAAAACGGGGCAUGUCCUAUUUGUUCUUCUGGUCUUAACAUUAAACAUACAGAUGUACUUAUCCUAAAUCAAUUUGUUAGAUCAGAUGGAUGCAUAUUACCACGUAGGAUUACAGGUCUUUGCGAGGUGCAACAAAAGAGAAUUAGUUCAUUGAUCCUAAUGGCUCAAUAUGCAGGAUUAAUGCAAAGGAGAGCUCCUGGAGGUGGUUUACUUCAUCCUUUACAAAGAAGGAAAUGGAAAAAAUUUAAUAGCUACUACUGUGAAAGAACUAUUAAAGCUAGAUAUAAGUAAUAGUUUACAAACAGUAUAAUAAAUAAUUAAACAAUAUUAUAGUA